CCCCCCCCCCCCCCCCGGCAGCCUUAUCAUAUCCACCACACCACAGGCUCCAAUCCAGAUGAUGCCAUCUUAUCUUUUCUCUAGGCACUGCUGCUAACUGGUCCGAACAGUAAAUGCCAUGUUCAAUCGCCUUCAAGGCCAACCUGAAAGCUACGAGAGGAAGGCAAAGUAUAGGUUUGGUAGAACCUUAGGUGCGGGUACCUACGGCAUUGUCCGCGAGGCAGACAGUCCCAAUGGAAAGGUAGCAGUCAAGAUUAUCUUGAAAAAGAAUGUCAAGGGCAAUGAAGGCAUGGUCCUCGACGAACUAGAGAUGCUCCAGCGUCUCAAACACCCGCACAUUGUUAAGUUUGUUGAUUGGUUUGAAUCGAGAGACAAGUACUAUAUCGUCACCGAGCUCGCCACAGGUGGAGAGUUGUUCGAUCGUAUCUGUGAGAAAGGGAAGUUCACCGAGAAGGAUGCUUCGCAGACAAUCAAGCAAGUCCUCGGGGCUGUUGACUAUCUACAUGGGAAGAACGUCGUUCAUAGAGAUCUCAAGCCCGAAAAUCUCUUGUACCAGACUAAAAACCCGAACUCCGAUCUUGUGUUAGCUGAUUUCGGUAUUGCAAAGAUGCUCGAUGCCAAGGAUGAGGUCCUCACAACCAUGGCGGGAUCCUUUGGUUAUGCUGCUCCUGAAGUCAUGUUGAAAAAGGGCCAUGGCAAACCUGUUGAUAUGUGGUCGAUGGGUGUUAUCACAUAUACGCUGUUAUGUGGUUACUCGCCUUUCCGCUCGGAAAACCUCCAGGAUCUGAUCGAUGAGUGCAGCACUGCAAAUGUGGUGUUUCAUGAGCGUUACUGGAGAGACGUCAGUAACGAUGCAAAGGAUUUCAUCCUACACCUCUUACGCCCAGAUCCCGAAGAUAGGUGGACCAGCUCAGAAGCACUGAAGCACCCGUGGCUCAGUGGCGAGAAUGCUACUGAACAUAACUUGCUGCCUGAGAUCAAGGCCUACAUAGCCAAGGCACGCCUGCGUCGUGGUAUCGAGCUUGUGAAACUUACCAACCGCAUUGAAGCCCUCAAGAUUCAAGAGGACGACCCAGAGAAUCCUGAUUUUCCCGGCGACUCGGUAGCUGCAGCAAGCGAAGCGCAGGAUGCCCAGUCGCAGGCGGGAACAUCAAAUGGAGGGAAAGGCAAACUCAGCCGUGCCGUAAAAGGGGCUAUCUUCCGUGAGGUCGUACUAGCCAAGGUGAGAGAAAUGAAAGAAAAGGAGCAAACAGAGAAAGUGAAAGAAGAGGCAGAAAAGGAAGCACGGCGCAAGAGCUUCAAUUCUUAACGAGACAUCGCCUGAAGAAGGUGAUUACCGCAAAGGAAAACAAAUCACCCAAAUAACAUGGUUGAGCAGUAGUUACAAGCUGCAAGGUGCAUCAAACUAGUUGCAAUAUAAGAUUGAGGGUCGAGUCGCUCAAGGCAGAACUGGGUGGUUAGGUAUAUUUUCAACAUCAAAGAUAUUCAAGGCAGCGUGGUGUCUGGCAUAGCGUCAUGCGCUCCACAUUCAGUGCUGUAUGAGGUUCAUUGAUUCCCAUUUUCUUUUAUGUCCAGCUAGCGGCCCUAGGUUCUCAGGGCGUUCGCGCGAGGGAGGUCGGCUGGUUUAUUCUCACUGUACGUUUAUUACCCGCACUUCGAACAGUGUAGCAGGGUUUUUUGUCAAUACAGAGGGAGAUUGCAGUUAGCAAACUCAUGAGAUAUAUUUAUCUGUUACCUUUUCCUACGGCGCUAAGCAUCUAAGCAAAAACCACCUGGCUCUGCAGGUAUAUGUAAGGUGAAGCAGGUCCUAGUAUUGAAAGGCAUAAUCUAGUAAUUUGUCUUUGCCUAUGAAAAUGGUGAGCAGGACUUCCUAGCAUCCUAGUUCUGAAGCAUGAUGGCAAAUAAAUCAAGAGUUUCGAAUUGUGGUUUAUUAGAGCAAGCUUCUCUCUCUCUCUCUUCCCCUUUUCUCCUUGGGGCGUAGCUACGUAAGUCCAAGGAACGCAAACUCUCUGCAAAGG